UAUUUCACAAAGAAGGAAACGAAUAGAAAAUAAUUAAUUUUUAAUAAGUAGUUAAUAGACAUCCAUAACUUUAAAAUCACAAUUCUUAUUGUUACUUUUAUUGAAAUAUUAAAAUAUAAAAUUAUAUAGCGCAUCUAUACAUAUGUAUGUAUAUCAAAGCCCAUCUACAUUCGCAUGCGUUUAAAUUAAGACACACACAAAUUUAACUUUUAAAGCCCGCGAAUUUAAAUGCUGACAACUUCACGUGUAUUUAUCUUAUGAUCUAGACAGACCAUCAGGUAGAAAACGUAAACACAAGUACAAAAAUAUAUAAUCUUUAUUAUUAUUAUUUUAAUUUUAAAAAAUGUACGUAUUUAAACCGUUUGCUUUUACGGAGUGUAAGAACAAAAAAAGUAAACUAAAACCAUCACCUAGAACUUUUCCAUCAAUAUUUUGUGAUGAAAAACACUUGUAUUCAUUUAGUGGUUAUCGUUAUGUAUUGAAUCAAUCUACUACUAUUGAUUUUGAUAAUCCAAAAAUUAUUGAAGAAAUUUUGAAAUAUAAUUUGGCUACAAGUAUAUGGACUUGUUUGCCAAAUCAACAGCAUUUACCAACCAAAAAAGAAAUGGUUCUUGGAGUAACUUUAAAAGCAGAUAAACUUAUCGUUGCUACUUGGAUUCAAAAUUAUCGAGCAAAAGGUUUUCUAUACAUUUGUGAUUUAAAAGACGAAUACAAAGUGAUUAAAUUGACGACAAAAGGACCAAUACCUAAACGUUUAUUUUCACACAAUUUUAUAAGCUACGGUUCUUAUUUAUAUACAAUUGGAACUUGUAAUGACUUAGGUGUCUUCAGGAUAAAUCCCAUAAUUGGAAACUGGGAAAAAUUGUAUCCUGAAAAUGCUGAUGAUUUUCCUGACCGUUAUGAAGAUGUUGAGUUAGCUUUUGAUGGGAAAAAAAUUUUUGUUUUUUUUGUUAAAUUACCUAGCGUAAAAAUACCUCAACUAAAAACAAUCCAUGCUUACGAUAUUGACAAAAAUCGUUGGUUUAUCUUAAAUACAAUUGGAGAUUUAAAUAACGCCCAACCCUUUCCUGACGGUAGAAUUAAUUUUGGAACUAGUCAAUUAAUUGAUCUUGAAAGUAAAAACGUCAACUUAAUAAUAUCAGGUGGAAUAAACGAUACAAAAAUGUAUGAUGAUGUUUGGCAACUUAAUUUAUAUACAUUGCAAUGGACGUGUUUAAAACAAUUCGGACUUUGUCUUCCAAAGCCUAUUUGUGAACAUGACGCUACGAUUUCCCCUAGUGGAAAAAUGUUUAUCUUUGGCGGAAGAAUUAAACCUUUAUACGAUAGUUUAAAUGGAGUGAAUAAAUUGUACUCUGCUUGGAUAAAGAUACCAAAACUCACAGAUAUUUGUUGGGAAGCUGUAAAUUAUUAUUAUAAAGACUUAGGUAUAAAAACAUCUGAGGAAUUAUAUCAACUUGGUUUACCUGUUAAUUUUGUAAAUUCUAGAUGUACACUGUAAGAAAUUUCGGAUUUUAUUUCAAUUGAAAUUCACUCCGUCACUCGGAGUUCCAGAGUUUAAAAAAAAACACUUGAUAAUCGAAGUAAAUAACAAGUUUGUUUUUUCAGCGGAGUGCGAUGUGGAUUUUAUUUAUCCCGCAUCCACUCCAAUCUGGAAUUUUAAUGUUAAAAUAAACUCCCUUCUGGAUAAAAUAAAUAAAAAAUCAUCCACUUCGCAUUCAGUCUGGAUUAAAUCCGCAAAUUUUCUUACAGUGUGUACAUUUUUUAUAAAGUUAUCAUACACAAAAAUAAUCCUGGUAUAUUAAUGUAAAAUAAAA